CCUUCCAGCACUUACCAAGAGCCCUGCAGGAAGAGUGGCCAGGAGUGGACAUGGGCGCGGACCCGGAGCUGCUGUGGCCGGGGGCGGCCCUGCUGCUGCUGCUGCUGGGGGUGGCGGCCGGCCUGUGUGCGCGCUGCUCCCGCCCAGGUGCAAAGAGGUCCGAGAAAAUCUAUGAGCAGAGGAGCCUGCAAGGGAAGCAGCAGAACUUUGCAGUGGCCCGGACGUAUACCUUGGUCAGGGAGGCCUGUCCAGGGCCCCUGGUAGACACGGCCUCCAACGCGGCAUCAGCAAGGAAGGACAAGCUGCUGCCGUUCUCCCCCAGCCUCGAGGAUUCUUCAUCCUCCAGGUACCAGAACUUCAGCAAAGGAAGUAGACGCAGAUCAGAUGCAGCCUACAUACACCCCUUGGCCACGGACGAUUUGGAUUGUGGGCGGUUCCAGAAGCCCCCGGAAGAUGAAGAUGACACCAAUUCCUAUGAGAACGUGCUCAUCUGUGAGCCAAAGAAAACCGAAUCAGGGGACGAGGGGUCUGAGGAUUAUCAGAACUCUGCAUACAUCCAGCAGUGGCGGGAGUCCAGGAGAGUCGUGGAGACGGUCCUGAGGGAAGCACCUCCCUCCCCGGUAGGAAGCCCAGACGAGGACAGCGGGGAGCCCGAUUAUGUGAACGGGGACGUGGCAGCCACCAAAGCCUAGAGAAGCCCCGGAGGAAGGAGCCAGGGAACCAUAAACUGCCUCCCCAGGGUCCCUUCUCCAGAGCUGCUCAACUUCUAGACCCCCUGCGGCUACUCCGGGGAGGGGCACCGAUGCACCGAGAGGACCAGCCGGCCGGCCCCGGGGUACCCAGCCCGGGAAAGGAUAGUUACGCGUGGAGUCGCCCUCUGGCCGGCUCCCACGGGCACGGCAGGGGCCUGGGGCCGCGGGCAGCUCCCGCUGUGGUCGGAUGCCCAGGACUCAGGGCAGUUGCAUCCCCUUAACCACAUUUAAAACAUCAUACUACAUGGGUGUUCGUGUCCUUUUUUGCUUUGGAUUUUGAUCCCAAGUUGCUUCCUAAUGUUGGUUGCUGGGAUUUUUGUGCGUGAUGGAUAAGCUUGUACAGUUAAUUUAUAUAGGUGGAGUCGUAUUUAAUAUUUUGCAUUUCAGAGUAGAGGUUGUGUCUAUCUUGUCUCCUGUGCGCAUUACACGUGCUUAACUAAAGCAGAGUUACGGGGAGCCCUGGCGCUCUUUCUUUGGGCCUCUGUUGACUGAAUCAGAGAUGAGGCCACGGCCACCUUCAUGACCCUUCAGCAGGAGCGUCUGCUGUGGACGGAGCGCGUCAGGGUUCUGGAGAAGGGGUGGGCGGAGUCGAGUGGCCUGGAGCCUCAGCUGAUUGGGCAGAAACAGGACCCUCUCGUGGGAAGGACGAGGUCCAAGGGAACUUCUGAGUCAGAGAAGCCAGAGUCAGGGAAACAAAAUGCCUCCUCCAACCGAAACAUCGCAAUAAACCGUUCCAGUUUA